CAACACGAGAUACGUAAGUAACAUACAAAAAAACAGUGACGAGUGUUGCCUUUGGAUGAGAGUGGCAACUAGCUAAAUAAUUUUAGCUUCUUCGUUUUUCAAUUUCAUUCUUUUAAAAGUAUCGAAACAUUUGCAAGCAAAAGAAAAAAUGUUGGGAGAUCUGAGUGCAGUAAAGGGCCUUCUGAAGAUUGCACCAAUCAAGACGGAUAACAAUAUCUUUCGUUGCCACUACAAGUUAACGGUAAUUAUUCUAGCUGCCUCGACCGUUUUGAUCUCCCUUAAGCAGUACGUUGGAGACCCAAUCGACUGCAUCAUCAAUGCCGAAAAAAGUCCCAUUCCUGGCGAUGUUCUUGACAAGUACUGCUGGAUUCAUUCAACCCAUACGUUGCCGAACGGGCCAGGUACGGAAGGACCUAUUCCUGGUCUUGGCACUCCAAAAGAGGACGACGAAUUGGUAUACCAUAAAUAUUACCAAUGGGUUGCAUUCUUCCUCCUCUUCCAGUCCAUCACUUUCUAUCUACCUCAUUUCGCUUGGAAGUUUUGGGAAGGCGGACGGAUGAAAGCCCUUGUCGAAGAUUUGCAUUUCUCCGUCGUUCAAACAGACGUUCAGAAAAACGCGAAACGCAAUCUGGUCGACUACUUGUUCGCAAAUGUGCACCAGCAUCACCUAUACGCAAUCGGUUUUUUCGUCUGUGAAUUGCUGAACACCAUCAACAUUAUCGUCCAAAUAUUUAUGGUAGACGUGUUUCUCGGCGGCGAAUUCACCGAGUAUGGCGCAAAUGUAGUGUCUCAAUCUGCCAUGGAUCCUGAAGACCGUUCGGACCCUAUGUCCUACGUAUUUCCUAAAUUAACAAAGUGCCUGUUCAAGAUGUAUGGUCCAUCCGGCACUAUACAACAAUAUGACGCUUUGUGUAUCUUGCCAGUCAAUAUUCUGAACGAAAAGAUUUUCAUUUUUCUCUGGUUUUGGUACAUCAUCUUGGCCAUUUUGACUGGCAUAGCUUUUAUCUUUAGAGUUGUCACUCUGGUUGUACCAAAGGUUCGAUUCUUUUUGUUAAAGAGGAAAGCUGGCCGCAGUUUGGAUUCCAGUCAGGUGGAAACAGUCUUCGGUCGUUGUCAUAUUGGAGACUGGUUUGUCCUGAUGCUCGUUAGCAGUAACAUCACUCAGGGGAUGUUCCAAGAAGUUUUGCAAGACCUUGCGCAAAAGUUUCGAGGAAAAGAGGUUUAAUUCAAAAACAAUGAGCGGGAGUUUACACUCGUGAUCAUAGAUGUCAUUGAGUUUUUUUUGCCAAUCCCAAAGCUGAAUGUCAAUUGCUUGAAAAUAAUAACGCAACCCCCACAGAAUAAAGCAUUUUUAAAGUGAUAAUCUAAAAAAAAAGGUGGACUGGUGAGUACACGAUGUUGCAAUACAUGUUCGUAACGUUGACGUUACAACAUUUGUAACUCAACGUCUCAUUGGUACACAUUCAUACCUUCUUCCGCUUCCACGCAAUACACUGUCUUGCUAUUUUA